UUUGGCGGCAACAAUUUUAACUGAUUGCAAAUAAGCUUCCUGAAUUUUUUGUAUUUCUUUAAUUUACAAAAACAGUCAUUGUGAAGUUUUAUGGUGCCUGUAAAGUGCAGUUAUAGAUAAGUUUACAAUGCAUAGUUGUGUGUUUAAUUAGGAAGAUUAACAAGUUAAAAGUGUAAUGCAAACAAGACUAUACCAGAUAAGGUUAUAUUAAAGUCACAACAGGAACUACAUGAAUGUGAAAUACAGUUAUAAUGGUGGAAUGUGUAGAUACUGAAGAAAGCCUUUCUAAAAGGCAAAAAAUAAUAGCUGCCCCUCAUAUCAAACAAGAAAUACACAUUGAAGAAGAGAAUGUGAAGGUCGAAACGUGUAAAAUUUGUCGACAACCCUUUAAUGAUGUAAUAAAUUAUUUUGGACAUCCAAACAAUUCUGUGGAAGAAUUUAUUGCACUAACAGAUGAACGUUUGAUGCUCUUUACAGGCAAUGAAGAUGAGCUUGAUGAGCUCGAUGAGAGACCUGUACACAAGCUUACUCACUUUAGUGUAUAUGACAAAAAUGGACACCUUUGUCCCUUUGAUUCUGGGCUUAUUGAAUCUGAUGUGUUAUUGUAUGUUUCGGGAUAUUUAAAACCCGUUUAUGACGAAGAUACGAGCCCAAAUAAUGGCAUACCAACAAAAGAUAUGGGACCCAUUAAUGAAUGGUGGGUGUCCGGGUUUGAUGGGGGCGAGAAAGCUCUUGUGGGAUUUUCCACAGCAUAUGGUGACUAUUAUGUCCAAGAGCCCUCAGAGGAGUAUGCCCCUUUUAUGAAGACAGUCAGACAAAAAAUUGGACUUUCAAAAGUCGUGAUAGAAUUUCUGUUAGAUGAAUGUUGGCAACAGCCCAGCUAUGAAGACCUUUUGCAGCGGCUGAGGGCCACCGGAAAUCCGGAUUUAUCCGAAGAGGCCCUUUUAACACAUGCACAGUUUGUCUUUGAUCAGGUGAUGAGCUUUGAUAAUUGCGCUGGUGAAGAUGAUGAUCUCUUGGUAACUACUCCUUGUAUGAGAAAUUUGAUAAAAAUAUCAGGGGUGACAUUUAAAGCAGGCAAAAAAAUGGGCAGAUUUAAGAAGGGUGCAGUAAAGGGUAAAGACAAGACUGGAAAGCAAUCUGUUCAACAUUGGAGCAAAGCAGCCACAACAAAACUAGUUAGAAACGUUUUUGAAACGUUCUUCGUUGAUCAAAUCGAUAAGAACGAUAAAAUACCUUUCAGAAAGAAAAGAUGCGGGGUUUGUGAAGCUUGCCAGACGCCUGAUUGCGGCCAAUGUAGUCAUUGCAAAGACAUGAAGAAGUUUGGCGGAUCUGGCAGGAGCAAACAGGCCUGUAGACUUCGAAGAUGCCCCUACAUGGAAUUCCAACAGGCAGAGCAGGAUGAUGACAAUUCAGAAGAAGAUGAGACAAUUAGAGAAAAAGAACUACCGUUAUCUCCAACUAUUAAACCCUGUUCAAAAAGGAUUGUUAACAGUGUCAAGUGGCAGGGAGAUCCAAAGGCAAUGUGUCCUGAAAGGGUUUAUUAUAAUUGCGCAGAAGUUGGUGGUGUUGAAAUACGGGCUGGAGAUUAUGUAAUGUUAGAUACUGAAGAACCCAAUAGGCCUUUGAUGAUCGCCAAGGUGGGGUACAUGUGGGAGGACUCCUUUAAAAGGGCAAUAUUCCACGCUCAUAUGUUAUGCAGGGGCACUGAUACCGUUCUGGGUGAAACGGCGGACCCAAGUGAGGUUUUUGUUGUUUAUGAAUGUGACAACAUUCCCCUGGGUACCAUUAUUAGAAAAGCUGUCGUGGAAAUUAAGAAACCCCCUGAUAACUGGGCUUUAAAUGGAGGUUUAGAUGACUUGCCUCCUCACAGCGAAGACGAUGGUGAAACGUUCUUUUGCAGUAAAAGAUACGAUCCCAUUUGUGGUAGAUUUGAAGACAUUAUUAGUGACCUAGACAGUCUGGACUCUUUAGCUACCCCUUGUCAGUCUUGCAAGUGGAAGCACAUGAACAAAAAAGAAAAGAAAGCAGUGUUAAAAGAAGGAGUGGUGUAUUGGCAUGGGGAGAUUUUCAAAGUCGGUAAUUGUGUCUUUUUGGAUCCUGAGGUUGUACAAAAUAGACGAUCUGUAACACCAGAAAAUAACGAGUUGAAGGAUAAUGUAGAUGUCGACCUCUAUCCUGAAUUUUAUCGUAAAAAUUUCGAAAGUAUUAAAGGCUCGAACAUGGACACCCCCGAUCCCUUUAAUGUAGGGAGAAUCGAGGGAAUAAGGGAAACUUCCUUGGGAGAUAUAAAAAUUAAAAUAAGGAAACUGUACAGGCCGGAACAGACUCACAGGAGCGCUCUAAUAAACACUUACGAAUGUGACAUAAAUUUACUCUACUGGAGCGAAGAAUUUACUGAAGUGGUUUUUGGUGCAGUAACGGGGAAAUGCUAUCUGGCUUAUAGAGAUGUUUUAGAGACUUCUACGACCGAGUGGAGCUCCAAGGGGCCCUAUAGAUUUUACUUUUCCAAAAGUUACGACAGUUCCAAAAAAAUAUUUUAUGAUGUUCCAGAAGAAGCUACUAAGAUUGGGAUGCCAUCGAAAGGAAAAGGGGGAGGUAAAAGUAAAUCAAAAUCGGUCAAAAGUGAAAAGGAUGCGGCAGAUUCGCCCCCCGAGUGGCAUAAAAUCGACAAACCCCUUCAGUGUAUGGACAUAUUCGCUGGUUGCGGUGGUCUUUCGGAAGGUCUUCAUCAGGCUGGUGUGGCUGACACCAAAUGGGCAAUUGAAAUGGAACCCGCGGCUGCUCAAGCUUUCAGACUAAACCAUUCUGAUGCCACAGUUUUUACAAAUGAUUGUAACGAAAUAUUGAGGGCGGUGAUGUCUGGAGAUGAUAAAGUUUCGAAAAAGUUGCCACAGAAAGGCGAUGUGGAACUGUUGGUUGGCGGACCGCCGUGUCAGGGUUUCUCAGGAAUGAACAGGUUCAAUGCAGGACAAUACUCGCUGUUCAAAAAUUCACUUAUUGUCUCUUAUCUGAGUUACUGUGACUAUUACAGGCCAAAAUAUUUCAUUUUGGAAAACGUUCGUAAUUUCGUGUCUUUUAAACGUAGUAUGGUGUUAAAGUUGACUUUAAGGUGUCUUCUGGCAAUAGGUUACCAAGUGGCUUUUGGUAUAAUCCAAGCCGGACAUUAUGGCAUUCCUCAGACCAGAAGACGUCUUAUAAUAAUGGCUGCUGCCCCCGGUCAUACUCUUCCUAAGUACCCUGAGCCUCAGCAUGUUUUUAGCAGACGGGGCUGCCAAUUGGGAAUCUUAGUAGACGAAUACAAGUUCACGACAGGUUCCAAAUGGACCUUUUCUGCCCCAUAUCGUACAAUUACCGUUAGGGAUGCGAUGAGUGACUUGCCUCCGAUCAAAAACGGUUGUAAUCAACUCGAAAUGGCUUACAACGUGGAACCAAUUUCCAGUUUUCAAAAGGCCAUGCGUGGCACCAAUUCGGAAAGUUCUUCUAAACUGACCGACCAUAUCUGCAAAGAGAUGGCGCCGCUUGUGGAGGCUCGAAUGUCCCAUAUACCACUCAGUCCGGGGGCUGAUUGGAGAGACUUGCCAAAUAUCGAGACCUUACUUAACGACGGUACCAAAGCAAACAAACUGCGCUACCCUUACAGAUUGAAAAAACAGUCGCCAAAUGAUCCCCCUCGAGGAGUUUGUAGAUGCGCAACCGGAAAAGCGUGCGCUCCAACUGAUAGGCAAAUUAAUACUUUGAUACCUUGGUGUUUACCCCAUACAGCAGACAGACAUAAUCACUGGGCGGGACUUUAUGGAAGAUUAGAGUGGGACGGGUUCUUUAGUACCACCGUUACGAAUCCUGAACCCAUGGGAAAACAAGGCAGAGUGUUACAUCCCGAACAACAUCGGGUAGUUAGUGUAAGGGAAUGUGCAAGGUCUCAGGGAUUCCCUGAUAGGUAUCAGUUUUGUGGAAAUAUUUUAGAUAAACAUCGACAGGUGGGGAAUGCAGUUCCGCCCCCAUUAGGUUUAGCGCUGGGUCGUGAAAUACUUAAAGUAAUUGACAACUGAGUCACUUUUACAAUAAAUUGACUCUGUUUUUUAUCUAAACUUGUUCUUUUUAUUAGAUGGACUUGUAUUAUUUUUUUUGCAUUUACAUAAAAUUUUAUUGUAUCUAUUUGUAAGUAUAACUUCUUCACGCA